AUGGCCUCCACCAAAUGUUUCCAAGUGACUCAUAGCAACUUCAUUACCUUGUACAUGGAGGAUGGCCCCCAGAGGAAAAAACGGAAGUCUGACGCUACAGAAGUGGACAAGCAGUUAGAUAUCCUGGCUAUUGGUACAGCAGUUGGUAGCAUUUUGUUGUACAGCACAGUAAAAGGAGAACUACAGAGCAAGCUAGAUGGUGGUCAUGACAGUAGAGUAAACUGUGUGAGAUGGCAUCAGGACAACUGCUGCUUGUAUAGCUGUUCAGAGGACAAACACAUUGUGGAAUGGAAUGCACAGACCUGCAAAGUAAAAUGCAAGUGGAAAGGUGACAAUAGCAGUGUCACCUCUCUAUGCAUCAGUCCAGAUGGGAAAAUGCUGCUGUCAGCCGGUAGAACUAUAAAACUGUGGGACCUGGAGACCAAAGAAGUCUAUAAACAUUUCACAGGCCAUGCUACAUCAGUGUCAUCAUUAAUGUUUACCACAGUGAAACCUAUGAAUGAAAAUAAGCCCUUUGAUGGAAUUACAGGGCUUUAUUUCUUGUCUGGAGCUAUACAUGACCGAUUACUGAGUGUAUGGCAGAUCAGAUCAGAUAGGAAAGAAAAGAAUGCUGUGAUGUCUUUCACAGUAACAGAUGAACCAACUUUUAUUGACCUGACAGUAUCAGAAGUCAAAGAAGAGCCUGUGAAGUUAGCAGUUGUGUGCAGAGAUGGACAGUUGCAUUUAUUUGAACAUAUCUUAAAUGGUUACUGCAAAAAACCCUUAACAUCAAACUGUACUAUCCAGAUAGCAACGCCUGGAGAUGAUGGGGACUCCACACCAAAACCAGUCCCUAUUCUAGCAGCUGCGUUUUGCACAGACAAACAGUCUCUGCUGCUUGUGUAUGGAAACACCUUACAGCCCAUCAUAGAGAAAGUGUCUUUGAACAGCACCGAAUCCCACAUAUGUUUGAUAAGGGACGUCCAGAAAGUGUUGUCACUUAAAACAGAUGUUGCUGUAACAAAGGUAAAGACGCCUGUUGUGAACUUGGACACCAAAGUUCUAGUGCCUGGCAUUCCGGGACAUAGUACAGCUGUCAAAACUCCAUCCUCGGGAAAGGAGAAAAAGAAAAACAAGAGGAAACCGGGAGAGACAGAGGAAAGCAUUGAAGAGCGCCUAGAGGCACUGGAUAUUGAUGUGAGCAAAGUAAAAACUCCAGGUGGCCUUCCACAAACAGAUAGCUUUGCAGUGCUUUUGGUUCAGGGCUUGGAAAGCAACGAUGCAGAAAUCUUAAAUAGAGUGCUUAAUACAAGAAAGGAAAAUGUAAUAAAGAACACAGUAGCCAGAAUGCCUAUACAUGCUGUCAUUCCACUGCUGCAUGAGCUUACGAAGAGAUUGCAGGGCAACCCAUACAGUGCCUCACUAAUGGUUCGAUGGCUGAAGUCUGUUUUUACUCUACAUGCAUCCUACCUUUCCACAUUGCCAGACCUUAUUCCUCAGCUGGGAAUGCUAUACCAGUUAAUGGAGAGCAGAGUAAAAACUUUGCAAAAGCUUUCCCGUCUGCAUGGAAGACUCUUCAUUCUUGUCACCCAGGUUGCGGCAUCAGAAACAGUUCAGGAUGUAACUGAGGUUAAUCAGACUGCAAAGCUGGUAUAUGAGGAUGAAUCCUCAGAGGAGGAAGGCUCAGAUGAUGAGAUGAUUGCAGAUAAGGACUCUGAUGAAAACUGGGAUGAAGACGAAGAAAAAGAGGAGCAAUCUGAUGAACAAGACAUGACUGUUGAAAAGGAAAUCAAUGGCGAUUCUGAUUUGGAACCAGAAAAUGAAAGCGAAGAAGAAUAACGGCACGAAAGAAUAAUUCUAACAAUUGAAACAAGUGGGCCACCAAACUGUAAUUCUGGAUCAUCUUGCUGAAAGAUGCUGUAUCUGCACAUAGGGAGUGCAGACUCAUGCACAGCCUGUGUGCAGAGGCACAGGUGGGGCACUGUGCAUUUCCGAAUCCAGAAUGUUUAACCAUGCCAGCCUUCUCUCGCCCUAUUUCCCUGCGCUUACUUAUAGAAACAUUUCUUCCACCUCAUGGUCGGAUUAUGCCUGUCAUGUGGACAUGCAUUUGUAUCUCAAGUGAAAUAAAUCUGCCACCGCUGUUUGUGUGGUAAACUUGGUUCAGCUUUACAUUGAAUUUGUUUCAAAUAUUCAAGGAUCAAAGACAACCGGUCUAUACCUUCUUUCCCUGCUUCAGUUAGCAAUAGCAAGUGGGCAUCCUGCUGCGUUUUUAAAAAAAAAAAAAAACCAAAACAAAACAGAAAAAAGAAAAAAAAAAGAUAUUUUUGUAAUAUUUAAAUUCUCUACUGAAUUUCUUUUCUCCCCCCCGCCCCAUCCUCCAUUGGUUUAGCCAUGCCUUGGCAAUAUCUAAAUGCCAACCUGACUUAAAAAUGGCUUUUUCUUUUUUU